AUCGGCAGAUUUGUCAAAGCACAGAGUGGAUAAUGCAUUAACGCAUCUGUCAGUCAGACAAGGGCUCCACGUGCCGGCGGCUGAAGUAAACAACCACUAGAAGGCGGCACGGGCGGCGUCGGGGAGCGGCUCCGAAUCCGGAGGAAGGGCAGCGGCAGCGUGCGCCGAGAAGCGUCGGGAACGCGGCAGACAUGGCGAUGGGGACGCCCCGCCUCCCGCUCCUCCUCCUCCUCAUCUCCCUCGCCGCCGUCCUCUCGCCGACGGGGACGCUGGCGGCGGCGGCGGCGAGGGGCAUCGCGCCGCUCGGCACGGCAGCGCUGCGGCGGCUCUACGACACCUCCAACUACGGCAGGUUGCAGCUCAACAACGGCCUCGCGCUCGUGCCCCAGAUGGGGUGGAACAGCUGGAAUUUCUUCGCCUGCAACAUCAACGAGACGCUCAUCCGCGAGACAGCUGAUGCAUUGGUCUCGACGGGGCUCGCUGAUUUGGGAUACAACUAUGUAAACAUCGAUGAUUGUUGGUCGUAUGUAAAACGAGGGAAAAAGGAUCAAUUGCUACCUGAUCCCAAGACUUUCCCUUCUGGAAUCAAAUCACUUGCGGACUAUGUGCAUGGAAAAGGUCUAAAACUUGGCAUCUACUCUGAUGCCGGACCUUUCAGGGUAUUUACUUGUCAAGUUCGACCAGGAUCGCUCCAUCACGAAAAGGAUGAUGCAUCCCUUUUUGCUUCCUGGGGUGUUGACUAUCUAAAGUAUGACAACUGUUACAAUUUGGGAAUAAAGCCAAAGGAAAGGUAUCCUCCAAUGCGUGAUGCUCUAAAUACAACUGGGCGCCAGAUAUUCUACUCUCUGUGUGAAUGGGGCCAGGAUGAUCCAGCUUUAUGGGCUGGCAAAGUUGGAAAUAGUUGGCGUACAACAGAUGAUAUACAGGAUACAUGGAAAAGCAUGACUGACAUUGCUGAUAAGAAUAACAAGUGGGCAUCAUAUGCUGGACCAGGUGGAUGGAAUGAUCCGGACAUGCUGGAAGUUGGAAAUGGUGGCAUGACGUUUGCCGAGUACCGUGCACAUUUCAGCAUCUGGGCUCUCAUGAAGGCACCUCUGUUAAUUGGUUGUGAUGUCAGAAAUAUGACAUCAGAAACAGUGGAAAUAUUGAGCAACAAAGAAGUAAUUCAAGUAAAUCAAGAUCGUCUUGGAGUUCAAGGACGAAGAAUUUUAGGUCAAGGAAAAGAUGGAUGCCGUGAGGUGUGGGCUGGCCCCCUGUCUGGCAACCGUUUGGCUGUUGCUCUAUGGAAUCGCUGUUCAGCGACGACCAAUAUAACGAUGAAACUGCCAGCUGUAGGCCUUGAUGGUUCAUCUGCUUAUUCUGUUAGAGACCUGUGGAAGCAUGAAACUCUAUCGCCGAAUGUGGUAGCAACAUUUGGAGCACAGGUCAACGCCCAUGACUGCAAGAUGUACGUUUUUACACCCGCCGUCAGUGUUUCCGCGAGUUGAUCAGAGAAAGGGUCAAAGCCACACUGUAUAAGUAUUACUACUACGAUGUUUAUUCCAGAAAUAAACUCGAUUAAUGAUAACCCAGCAUCAAUUCCAGUUCCACCCCAGUGCCGAAAUAUGCAUCCUUGUGAAGAGGAAAUGAUCUCGUCGUACGUUUGGAAAUCUGUGUUGUUCAAUACAGGCUGCAGCCUUGAUGGCCCCAUCUA